UCUGAUUGGCUGAUUCGUUUAGAGGCGUGGCUUCGGGUGAAACGCAGCGCUUGUCAGGUGAACAGGUAAACGCACGGGGAAGUGAACACAAGAAUUACACGUACACUUUAUUAAAAAAACAGCACAUGGUUGGCUGUUAGCAGGACGGUAUGACCACAUUAACGAAGCGGAACCGCCGCGCGGAAGCUCCAGCGGAGACCCGGGGUCACGCGGAGCAUGAGGAGCUCAGGAGAGACUCUGAUGAAGAGGAUGAUGAUGAUAUCGACUCUAAAUCACUGAGACUUACACUGAUGGAGGAGAUCCUGCUGCUGGGACUGAAGGAUAAAGAGGGCUACACAUCGUUCUGGAAUGACAGCAUCUCAUCAGGUUUGCGGGGUUGCAUUAUGGUGGAGCUGACCCUGCGUGGACGCAUUCAUCUGGAACCUCCAAGCGCACGCAAGAAAAAACUGCUGGACCGUAGGGUCUUGGUGAAGUCAUCUGCUCCCACUGGUGACGUUCUGCUAGAUGAAGCUUUGAAACACAUCAAAGAGACGGAGCCAGCUGAGAACGUUGCCAACUGGAUUGAACUUCUCACAGGUGAGACUUGGAACCCUCUAAAGAUGCACUUUCAGAUUCGUAACGUUCGCGAGCGUUUAGCAAAGAACCUGGUGGAGAAAGGAGUGCUGACCUCAGAGAAGCAGAACUUCCUGCUGUUUGAUAUGACCACACACCCCGUAACAGACAGCAGCGAGAAGAACCGGCUGAUCGAGCGACUCCAGGAGAGCCUGCUGGAUCGCUGGACCAACGAUUCUCGCCGCAUGAGUCACCGUACGCUGGCGCUGAUCCUGUUGGCUCACUCGGCGGACGUGCUGGAGAACGCUCUGACGCCUCUUCCCGACGACCGAUACGACAUCGCCUCGUCACGUUCCAGAGCUUUGAUAGAAGCUGAUCCUGACCAGGAGAGCGCCAAGGUCACGACCCCUGCAGAGGAGAUGAUCUGGGCCGUGCUGGCGGCUUUUAAUAAAUCCUGAGAGAACUGAAGUCAGAUCUGUUCUCCGAACUCGCUGGCGCCGUCUGUCUGCCACCCCUGGACCUGCAGCAGAGACUCAUGAGAAAUGGUGACGGGUUAAAUCUGUUUUUAUGAUAUGACUGUAUUGCCUACAUGUGACGCGACCUCACGUCUGAACUGAUGCAUGAGAACAACUGCAGACAUCGACUCUGCUCCAGAACAUAGCGAAGACUUUUACUCACCUCUACCUGCAUUACAAGUUAUAUUUAGUUUAUUUGUAAAGGGCCAAGGCCAAUAGACGUUUAAUCACUUCUGCGUCUGUGGUAUUUUAACCUCUCAGUACAAACACAUCUUUUGUCUGUGUCAGAUUUAUUCUGUAUAUUUAUAAAUAAUGACAGCAAGUCAAGCGUUAUGAUCAGAUUGGUGAAUUGAUUGUGUAUAGUUUUACUCACACCGGCCUGUGUGUUACAGCAUAAAUGUUGUUUGUGUGUUUGUGUAUUUCCUAUAGUGAAUAAUGUGCUAACAUAUCACAGACAUUGAAUAUGAAUGAAGUAAGGAAUUAACUAUGGAUCUGUUGAAUGCUUUAUUAUGAUUGGUUGAGAAAUGUUUGACUGGGUAUGAAUUAUUUUUUGAUAAAUGCACACCAGAAGUCAUCAAACCUGUCUGAAGAACAAAGCAUGUUAGAGCUCAGGAUUAAGUUACUGUCUGUCUUUUGAAAGUCAAACUUUAUAUUGGGAGUGUCUGUAUUAUGAUGCUUUCUGAUGUUUUCUUUAGGUUAUGGACAGAGUUUGUAUUUCUUUGUUAAUAGCGCAUUGGUACAGAAGAUUUAUUCACUAAGUUAAUCCGUUUUUUGAAGUUAAUUAAAUGUAUAUAUAUUUAAAAUCAAUUCUGAUAUUACAUGACUUCAGUUCUCAUGCUUUUUAUUGGAUUGACUGUUAAUAGUUGUGUUUGUAUCCUCAGUGAAUGAAAGAGGAAUAGCAGGUAGUUCAGGAUCAUCAACACAUUUGAUGUUCUGACAUCCGUCAUGAAAACUAAUGUGUUCAGCAUUAAGAGUUCAGGUUCAGAUCUGUUAUGGACGGAUGUAUGGAUGAAGGACGAGUUGCAGAUGUAACUCCAGAGAAUGAAGACGAAGGAGAGACGUUGUCAGAUUUACUCAUUUACUGAAUGUAUAAGCAGCUAUGCUUUGAUUUGACAGUCGACUGUGUGAGAGUUCAUUCGUGUUUAAAUGAGGAAACAAAACAAACAGCAAACAGAAGUCAAAUAAUCAAAUCAGCAAAAUUAUAAGAGAAAGACACGAGACACUUGAUCACACUCGUGUGUGUAUUUUAACUGAUGAUGUGUCUGAAUCAGAGCUUAAACUCAACACUUCUGCUAUUCAUGUUAAUAAAGGUUUAGAUCAAA